AAAAUGAACUUUGAUUUAUGUUCGACUCGUCAAACAGUCACGGUUUCGCGGUAACGAUUUAACUCGUUUAUUUUUCUUCGAUACAAUCCUCGCCAUUGAAUCGAGUUGCCGCGAGACGCGAUGAAAAUUAUCAAUUUUACGACGAAUAUCGGAAUUGGAUAAUCAACGUUCCUCGAGAUUCUUUCGAAAUCGCGAUGUACUAAUAGUCGGCGAAUGAUCUUGCAAUUUUCAUCGUACAAAAUGGAUUCUCGCCUCGAGAAUAAUCUUAAAUUCAUGACUUUUUUAUCCUCUGCUUACAGCACUUUGUGAAGUGUCAAAAAAAACGUUGAAAAGAUUCGUCGAAGAUUUGGCGGUGACGAUCGGCAAGGAAGUUCAAUUUUUCGGAAACAAUGGGACCCCGACAGGCCACUUUGGGAAUCGUGACGCCAUCGAUCUCGGUGGAAUCGCUUACGACGAUUCGUCAAGAUUAAUGUUCCUGAGUGACACUAGGAAUGUGAAUUUAACGAUAUUCACUAAAAAACUGACUGCUGAUACGGACUUCGAGACAAGGACGCUGCACACGCGAGAAAAUAGAACAUCGAUCAUCGGAAUGGUUUACGAUAAAACAACGGAAAAUUUGUUUUGGACGGACACGAAAGAACAGGCUGUAAUGAGCAUGCACGCAUCGUCGAAUGGAUCGAGCCCGAGGGACCCGAUCACUGUUCUCAAAUUACCGGACAAAUUACCACGUGGGAUAUCCUUGGACGUGUGCAACCGACGUCUGUAUUGGGCGAACAGCAACAUGUCACAUCCCAGCAUAGAGAGUUCGAACCUGGACGGGAGCAACGCGACGAUAGUCGUAAGCAAAAAUCUGUACGAGCCGUUGGGAGUUACGGUGGAUCAUUGGACUGGAAAAUUAUAUUGGAUCGAUGACGAAGAAGGUGUUUAUUACAAAAUCGAGAGGAGCAAUUUGGACGGGAGUGAACGUGAAAUUUUGGUUUACGGACGACACCAGCAACCUUAUGACUUGGCGGUGGACCGCGAUAAAAUUUAUUGGACGGAUUGGACGUACAGAGCCAUUUGGAGUAUAAAGAAAAAUCCUCACCCCAGUGAACUCCCGAGCGUUUGGGCUUCUUUUCAUGCCUUCCAUCGAGAUGCCGAUCCAAAGUGUAUCAUCGCACGCGACAAUCUUGGCCCCAUCAAUUGUGCUGCCAUGCGAAACGAACAGAUUAAUAUUGUUUCGAGUUUGUCCAAUUUCGCAGGACAAGAAAACGACAACCUCAUCACGAGCACCGAGGAAGUUGACGCUAUCAAAGAGUCCGCCUUCAAAUGUCUCAACGACGGUGUGCAUGAUUCCGCUGUUGACAAAUGCAACUGCAAACCUGGUUUUGACGGUUUGUACUGCGAGAGAUCAAUGUGCCAUAACUAUUGCCUCCACGGUGAAUGUUUCAUAACUUCGAACGGUCAGCCACGCUGCAAAUGCGGGCCAUCGUUCCAGGGCCCGCGAUGCGAGCAAAAUGUGUGCCUCGGUCAUUGUCUAAACGAUGGUUAUUGUUCGAUUAAAAAUGGGGAGCCGUAUUGUACUUGUAAAAAUUCGAGAGGUCCACGUUGCGAGCAAGUGCACGACGUUGAUGAAAUUUGUUCGAUAUUUUGUCUGAGUGGGCUCACUUCGUUGAGCACCAUCGAUACAAGUUUGUGCAGCUGCGCGAAUGAGACCCAAAACUUAGGGGAAUUGAGCACCUACGCCGAUAAACUCUGGUGCAAAACGGUGAUACUCGGACUAUCGACCCUGUCGGGUUUGCUUUUCGUACUGGUCGGGAUACUUAGCUUUUAUGUACAUAAAUUCAGACACCAACGACGAAUAAGGAAGCACAUCGUCGUUAACAAGGCGAGCACGCCUCUUACUGCUCGGCCUCAAAUAGCGGGUGAUCAAUGUGAGAUUAUGAUUGAGAAUUGUUGCAACAUGAACAUUUGUGAAACGCCGUGCUUCGAACCGAAACUGCGAAAUACCGACUCCCGAAUUCGUAAGAAGGACGAAAAGAACUCUCUGCUGGACAAUAUGGAGGGAAACUCCUGCUAGCACGAGUCAAAUCUUCGUCGAAGAAAAUGACGAAAGUCGUUGGGACUUAAACUGGGUGGUUUGGCAGGGAAGCUUUUCUUAUGAUUCGAGGUCAAGUAGUAACUCGAAUCAAGAAAAGAGACACUAGUAUUAUUGUUAAGUUUGAUGGUUAUUACGCCAGCGAUGAGUGAGGUGAGCGUCCAGUUCACCGAACAAAAAUCGUACACACUCUCACACACACACAUACACACACACACACUUUUCUAUUGCGAAAAAAGAGAGAGAAGAUGUAAAAAUCGAUUGAAAGAACAGCAGUUUCAGGACCAACUUAAGCUUCAGAUCCUGAGUGCUGUUUUAUUAAAGUCGAAAUAUGGGCAUCGUUCGAAAUGGGAUCACGAAAAAGUAAUCAAUUAUUUUUGUAGCAGCUUAAAAAAAGGAAUCGCACAAGCGGCGAAUAUUUCGAAUAAUUGUUCUUUCAUAAAGAAUAUAAAUAUUUUUUCAUCGAAUUUUUUUACUCGUUUCUCUAUUGAACUAUCUCGAAAAGUAUUUAUUUGGCCUUUCGAGCGAUGUUUGUGUUCCAAAAAGUCUUUAAAUCGUUUAUCGAGCUUCUCGAGUUGUGCCUAAUUGUAAAACAUUGUUUUUUUUUUUCGUUCUGUUAAUCGUGGAAGCUUCGGAAUUUUUACGGUUAAUGGGCCAAUCGUAGAGCAAAUUACGCCGUUCAUUCGGCCAGUGAGUAGUUGCACAGGCUCUCUAUGAAUUUAAACAUGUAAAUCAAUCGUGUUCAAGUCCAGGUAUGCAUACGAACGUACGUUAUCUGAUCGUCGCUCGCUCUGACUCAAACACAUUGGUUUUCAUAUUCGAUUGGUCAUUAUCUUUUUCUUCGUUGUUAAGAUUUAAUCUGAAGCGUCCUAUUUUUGUUGCCAAAGAGUACACGAUAUAACAUGAGACCGAUCAUUUUCUUUUUUUUUUUACUUCACCAUUCGCUGUAAGUAGAUAACAUUUUACCCCAUUUAUUUGUUGUUUUUUUUUUAUCGUCGUAUAAGUUAGCGUAUGAAUUGCGAAACAUCCAAAAUCGAAAAUGGUGACGAAGAUUUCGAGACAGCGCAAUUUCCAUUUUGAAUCGUAUAUCGAUCAUCGAUUAGCGAAAAAAAAACUUUAUUCUUCACUUCAUAUGAACUUCCGUUAAACAUAUCCAACACGACUUUUGAGCCCGGCUAAUUAGAGGCUCACACGCAACGCCCAUGAAAAUACACAUCCCCGAUUGCUGCGCUGAUUUUAUUAGUCCUCGUUAACGAAAAUAACUGAAGAUCGUUCAGCUCGUACAUUCCUAACUGUAAAUGGAGUUUUUCAUCGAAAUAUUCCAACAUUCUUGGGCUUGGGGAUAGAAUAUUAUUUCGGGUAGAUUCCAGAAAUUGAAAAAUUCAUUAAAAAACUAAGCGCAAAUUAUUUAUCAGCUUUGCAAAAUCAUUUUUUUCAAAUGCCUUUAAUCCUUCGAAUCGAAUCGAUGUCGUAACUAGGAAUGCACGAGCCGAAACUCUUCGGUUUUCAACGUCUUCGGGACAAAAUCGAGGGACAAAAAAUGCUUCACUAAACUAUACCUAAAUACUGAAAAUAAUUGAAUUGCGUCAAAUUAGCAAUGCAAUAAAAUGCCGUGAACGAAAAACUCCGAUUUUAUUGUACAUAGAAAAAUUUCAUCAUUCGUCCAACUUUGUAUUCUUGUUUGCAUUCAUUCGCGACGUUUUAUUCAGUGGUGAUUUGACGUUUGAAUUAAAAUUCGAGAAGAUUAUGUACUUGAUAAAAGACCGAAAAAAGUGGCGCAAUCCCUUGGUAACUUAAUGCAUUACAAUUGGUAGCCAAGAAAAAGUACGAAAUAGUAAACUCCACACGGAAAACAGGGAGAUGAUGACCUUAAAUAUCGAAUCUCUUGGAUAUGGAAAGAAAAGAAAAAAAAACAAAACAAAACAAGUUGUGUAAAGUGAUAUAAAAAGGAAAAAACGACUUCAAGGUUUUACAAUUCCCAUGUAUUAUGCGUUAUUCCUGUACAUAGACUAUUAAAUGAGAUAGUGUUUUAUUUCUAUAGUAGUGUGUAAGGUCAUCAUGGUAAUAAGUUCCGCAGGUUGUUGAUCAAUUGCAGCUCGUAACACGAAAACAGGGAGAAAAACAAAGUGGAUUGAUUUUUUAAGUAGUUCAGCUGAAGGAUCAAUUGUCGAAGAUGAACUGUAGGGUUUGAUAUGCACCAAAGCAGUUAGUAGUAUAUAUAAAUAUGUAGAGAAAAUGAGAAAAAAAGAAAAGAAAAAAAAAUCAUGCGAGCCCACAGGACAAAUACUAAGGAUGAAAAUCUGGCCUAACGACAGAGUAAGGUGAAAAUGAAACUUGCGAAUGAGCGCGAUGGAGGUGAUCAAGACGAAAAUAGGACUACGCUCGGUUCUCAAGUUUAACGAAACAUUUUUUCCUCGGUGUAAUCUGAGAACUAACCAACGACUGCCUUUUUCGAGAGUUCAGCACUGAGCUAAAGGCACACGCUAGCAAAUAAAAAUGCAGUUCGUUCGGAAAUCAUGCUUGAACGAUUGUUUCUUUUAUAUUUUUUAUUGUCCUCGCUUUGUGUCGGAAAAAAAUUCACAAAGAUAGGCGCCCCCCUUCGACGUAGUGCGUAUAACGAAUACGUAAUGAUAAAUUAUCAUGGAAAACUAAUAAUCUGUACCAACACACAAGAUGAAAGACUUAAAAACGCGCUUUUGCACCCGAAAAAGUGUACCGGAUUAUUCAUUUCUAAUAUUGUAUAAAGUUUUUUGCUAUAGAUUAUUAUUAUUGAUAUAUAUAUACGGGAGAAAAAAUUAAUGGAAAAUACCCUUCUCCCACACACUCAUCCGCAGAGACGAGAUAGUGGAUUUAUGGUGAAAGGGGUAUAGUCCCAAAAAAUACAAAAAAAACCAAAACAAAAAAUGUCUAAAAACAAAGAUUAAUCUUGUAAUCGGUAUAUUCGUCGAAAGUGAUGAAGCUCGCUGUUUCGCCGAGCAUAAAGUGCAUUUCGAAUACACCGAUCUUAAGAAUAUUCGGUACUUAUAAACAAAUAUAUAUAUAAAUAUACUUGGGUACAUGCAGAUAUAUGCAUGUAUGUGAAUUUACAAACGGACUUGGUACUAUAACGUACUGUUCUUGGACGAGUAGUACAUGCAGCCAAAAAAACAAACGAAAUAUAUAUAAAUAAAUAUAAUAUCGAGGUGUACUUCCCAGGUAGAAAGUUCAAUUCAAUUGUUUUCCUGACUUUUUUUUCCCCACCAAAAAAACUCGCACACUUGACUCUGCUGUCGAGUGCGGGAUUGAAAACUUGCGGUAAUGCAUCUGACAUACCUCAUUCGAGUAGAAUUACAAUGGAUGAUAUCGUAAAUGAAGAACAACUAGUAUCAAAUUUAAUGCAAUGUUUAUCUGACCUCACACGAACGAAUGAAUAAAGAUGAUGUACAUUGUAUAUGAUUAUCAAAUAAAAUGGGUCUAUAUCUUAUUAAUA